UCUUGAGGGCACACUCAAAUUGUGCUUACUUAAAAUAAAAAACAUGAUAACCCACGUCCGGAUAUUGAUACCAAAAUGCAGCCCUAAUGUGGCAUUUGUGACAAAACGAACGAAAUUUAAAAUGAAACCGGACCAGAAAAAAACACCAUCAAUUACCAACAGUGACAGAGCGUUAGAGCAUUUUGACUUGUAUUACAAACCAGUAUUUGGCAAACUAUGGCCUUCAAUAAGAAUAUCCCUUCUCACAGCAAAGAAGUCAAGUGUUGUGAUCAACAACUUUUCACAAUAUGAAGAACAUAUUCACUACUUGCUCUCUCUGGGAGCAAAAGAUAUACUCACCAAGGCUAGAAAUAGACAAAAAAAUUAUACUACCACUAGCAAAAAUCAGAUUUCUGUAGGAAAUUUUUCUGGGAAGCAAGAGGAACCUGAAAAUUUUGAAAAUAGACUAUCAGACAUGCGUAAAUUUACUGAAAUUGCUCCCUUUGAAAAAAGAUUAUCUGACAUGCGUAAAGUUACUGAAAAUGCUCCCUUUGAAAAAAGAUUAUCAGACAUGCGUAAAGUUACUGAAAAUAAUCCAAAUGGCAAUAUUGUGGAAACAGAAAAUGAUUUUCUCCAAAAUAAUAUAACAUUGGGAGAGACAGAUAGACAAAAUUUAGAUGUGUUUCUCCCAGCGAAGACAAUAUACUCGGAGCACACACAGAAGAGACUCACAGAAGCCAGACAGAGUGUUUACACCCCCAUGGAUGUAAGGGUCGACAUUGUGAAACCUCCGGCUGUUGCUCUUCCCUCCAACUUAACAGUGCUUGCUUUUCCACCGGGAAAUACUGGAAUGUUUCCUGAACCCAAACCUGAUGUCCCUGGCGGAUAUUUAUGUCACUUCAUGAUGGACGGUGCCUCAAUUCUGCCUGUGAUAGCACUGGGUGUGCAGGAAGGGGACAGUGUCCUUGACCUCUGUGCAGCCCCUGGGGGCAAGUCCCUCGUCAUGCUUCAAACUAGACUGCCAGGUCAUUUACAUUGUAAUGAUCGAUCAAAGGGCAGAAUUGAAAGGUUGAGGAGCAUAUUUCGCCAAUAUGUGCCAGAGGCUGACCAGAAGACUUUACGAACCUCUCUUAGGAUUGGACAACAAUUCCAGGAACCAAUCUAUGAUAAGGUGCUUGUGGAUGGGCCGUGUUUCACAGACAGGCAUGCCCUAUUGGAGGAUACACACAACGUGUUCAGCCCAAUGCGACUCAAUGAUCGGCUUGAAAUGCCAAACCUACAGAGGGAACUGCUAAGGGCUGGUAUCCAAUCCUGCAAGCCAGGCGGGGCAGUGGUGUACUCUACGUGCACACUGUCACCCGUGCAGAAUGAUGGAAUUGUUCAGGCCACAAUCGAUGACAUCUGGAAAAACACUGGAAUCAAUCUUGAAAUAGACGACCUUUCUGAGAUGAAGUACAUUUUCAGAGACACUUUUAAGUUUCAUGAUGGUUGUCGGUUCGGUCAGCUUGUUGUUCCAUCAUUAUCCAGAAACUUUGGGCCUAUGUAUUUUAGCAGGAUAAGAAGAGUUUCAUAGCCGUAGAUUUCACUUUUGUUGUUUAUUUUGUUUAAAAAUUCAUGGAUGAAAAAAAUACGUUUGUUUGAUUUAUAAAAGAGUCAACUUUUGUGUCAGUGACAAGUUUCAUUAAAAUGUUAUCGGAAUACAUUACACUUGAUAUGUCCCUUUUUGAUUUAUAUGGUAAAUGUUGUUUUUGUAAUAACAAAAAAUGUUUUAUAAGUCAAAUAAAAGAAUAAAUUUAAUAAAAACUGCAA